CAGACUUCUUCACACCUUCAUUUCUGCAUUUUUAACUAGCAAGUGGCAAAUUUCUUGACCUAAUUUUGUAAAUAAUGUGGAGUUUUUAUGGAAACGUUGUCUGAAGGAGAAAAACAAAGUACAGCAUCCUAGAAUAUAAGCUCAAGAUUACUUACCCAUAUCAGCACCAUGCAGUGGACAAGGGAAACGAGUGACCUGGUCCUGGCAGUGUAUGGCAUCACGCUGAUCACAGGCCUUCCUGCCAACCUGCUGGCCUUCUACACCUUCGUCCAAAAAGUAAAGCAGAACGCCAAACCCAUUGAUGUGCUCUUGCUAAGUCUCAACAUCUCGGACCUGAUCUUCCUCUUCUUCCUCCCCUUACGGAUGAAAGAGGCAGCCGACAUGAAAUGGAACAUGAGCUACUUCCUUUGUUCAGUGUCGAUUUUCAUCUUCUUCACCACCAUCUACAACAGCACCUUUCUCUUGACGGCUAUCGGUGUGGAGCGCUACCUCGGAGUGGCCUUCCCGGUCAGGUACAAAAUCAAGCGGAAUCCUCGCCACGCGGUGACAGCAAGCGUCAUGUUCUGGGUGAUUUCCAUUGUGCACUGCAGUGUUGUCUUUAUUGUGCAGUAUUAUACCCCCACCAACACCACCAUUCGACUCAAGCAAAACUCCUGCUAUGGGGAGUUCAACAAAGAACAGAUGACCAUCCUCAUGCCCUUCCGCCUGGAGCUGUUUGUGGUAUUUUUCUGCGUCCCUUUCCUCAUCUGCUGCUUCUGCUACAUCAACUUUAUCCUCAUCCUCUCCCGACUACCCAACGUCAAUCCCAAGAAGCGCUUCAGGGCGAUUGGGCUCGCUCUUGGCACUCUCCUCGUCUUCAUCGUCUGCUUCAUGCCCUUUAGCAUGACCCACUUGGUGGGUUUCAUUGGUUGGUACAGUCCAAAUUGGAGAGUGUACGCAUUGCUCACCAGCACCUUUAACGCCUGUAUGGACCCCUUUAUCUUCUAUUUCUCCUCUUCAGCACUCCGGGCAACGUUCAAACACUGCUUACAGGGACUAAUCAAAAGGCUGUCCUGCUGUCCCAAAGCUCUGUGCUGCCCCAAGAUGAACCGCUCCAGUGCUAAGGAGAACACACAAAGCUCCAGUGGCAGCUUUCACUAGAUUCAGCAUUAAUUUUGGAUUGCUCUUUUCCCUCAUUUCUUUGUGAGAAAAUGAAGAUCAAGAAUACCAGUAGACUGUUAACCAAGAGCAACCAGGAUGAAACCCCAAAACUAAAUUGAUCAUGUAUGUCCUUGAACAGUGACCACAGGAUCAAAACUCCAGCUCUGAUGCCUACAGUGCUCCAAACUACAGCUUAUCAAAGUUUGUGAUCUGUCCUGUAGCUAUGCGCAUGUUUGAAAAAAAAAGAUUUAUAGAAAGUUUUAAAGAUGUAAAGAACCUUCACAUAAUAUAAAUGUCCUAUACAAAUGUAAGGGCUCUUAGAACAUAUUAUGUGGAAUUUCCUUAAAUUUUAACAGUUCUUUAUUUUCUUCACCCAGUUUA